AUGGAUUUGUUCGACUUCAAGCGUACGACAUGGCAGAUUGCGUUAUCUGCAGUCGUUACCGCGUCCGGUAUGUUCAUAUUCAAGCUAGUAAAGAUGCGCAUGAUCUUCUAUAAGCUCAAAAAGCAGGGUCUGCAAUCUGAUGCCUUCACUUUGCUAUCAUACGACUUCAAAGACUCGGAUAACUGCUUCUAUGUCGAUCUUUGGCCUUUUAGCAGUCCGCUGAUUGUUGUCACUUCCCCCGAGCUGGCAAUGCAAGCAUGUCAAGAACAUGAUCUCCCCAAACCAGCGAUUCUGAUUCCAUUCUUCGCGCCGUUUGCAGGAGGCCCGAAUCUGUUCGAUAUGAACGGGGCCGAGUGGAAGCGUUCGAGAGCGCUAUUCAACCCAGGCUUCAGUGCCAAUAUCAUACUCGAGAGCACGCCGCACAUCAUCGACGAAGCUGAAGUCUACGUGGCGUUGCUGCGAGAGCAUGCGAAGAAAGGCGACACUUUCUCGCUGGACAGACUGACAUGUGACUACAUGAUGGACCUCAUCGGUGCCAUUACCAUCAACACCCGCCUCCACUCCAUGACCAGUCACAAUGCGCUUGCAGCUGCGAUGAGGAGCUCCAUAGAAUGGCAUUGUCAGGACGAGGAGCUGAACCCGUUCAAGCGCUGGAACCCUAUGCGCCCUUUAAUUGAAUGGUCUAACGGCAAGGCAAUGGAUCGUUACCUCAGCACCGAGCUGGACAAGCGAUAUGAGGAUUGGAGGACCAACGAGCCGCCCACUCGUGCCAAGUCAGUCAUGGACAUCGUAAUAGCAGCGUACAUGGGCGAGCGCAAAGGAGCGGCGAAGCUUGACCCCGAGUUCAAAAAAUGGGCGACGGUUCAAAUUCGGUUGUUCCUCUUCGCUGGGCACGAUUCAACCGCUGCUACCAUUGUAUACAGUCUCAACAUGUUGUCCAAGCACCCAGACGCUUUGGCUAAAGUCCGCGCGGAGCUCGAUGACAUCUUUGGCGAGGGCAUCGACUCGGCUGCAGGUGUGCUUAGAAAGCACCCAGAGCAAAUCAACAGGCUCCCGUACACGACCGCGGUGAUCAAAGAGACGUUACGGCUCUUUCCACCAGCUUCGGGCAUGAGAGGCGGUCUUCCGGGUGUCUUCUUGCGCGACAAGAGUGGGAAUAAAUACCCAACUGAAGAUAUUAACCUUUGGGUUGUCCACGGCGCGGUCCAGCGGAACCCGAACUACUGGCCAGAGCCUCACAAAUUUUUGCCUGAGCACUGGCUUGUUGAGCCUGCAGACAUGGGCAUAUCGAUAUCGAUAUAA